AGAUCUAUGUCAUCUUAUCGACCUGUAUAAACCUGUAAGCCUUUCUUUGAGCUCAACGUAACUUCCACCAUGGAUGGACUGCAGACGAUUUUGAUUUUUUUCUUAGGACUAAUAUUCUGCAGUCAUUAUUGCAUUUCUGAAUCAGUGCAGGAGGUGACCUUCAGACCUGGAGAAAACAUCACUCUAUACUGUGACUGCAAAGUAUCAACUGGAGUAUUUGUGGCCUGGUUCUUCAGGAACUGCUCCCUUAGAGAUCAGUCUCAUUAUGUUUUAAGAGCUUUGAAUCAGUUAAAACCUGAAACAAAAUUUCCACGUUUGAAAUUUUUUAAAAAUGAAUCUUCAGAAUCUUAUGAUCUACUGGUUAUAAAUGCCACUAAUUCAGAUGUGGGCUUCUAUUACUGUGGAACCGAAGAGACAAAAGUGGAGAAAGACAAUGAGAAGAACAUCUUCCGUAAAGACAUUUUUACGUAUGGGAAUAUCUCUACAAAUCUCAUCCUCGACACCUGUGGAAGCUGUUCUGACUUUAAGAAGACAGUGGAUGACUGUGAUGACUGCUGGAAGCUGCUCUUCUCUCUGUGCCCGACUAUUUUUCUUCUCUCAGUUGUUUUCUCCUCACUUUUAAUUUACUUGCUUUGUCAGAAGACAGGUAAAGAAGAUCAAGACAACAAAAAUCAAUCUGAACAAAAAAGAUACACAGAAGAGACGCAGGAUGAAGACAUAUGCUAUGCUGCAUUGGAAGUCCAUCAGCUAUCAAAGAGACCAAAGAAGAAGACAGUGAAAGUCAAGUAUAGCGCCAAUGAAGAUUCACAUUCUCCUUGCAUGUAAUCCAACAAAGAUCAAUGUAUUCCCUUUUUUGUAUUGUCCUUCAAACCUAAACUUUGACAAAAGUUUUUCAUCCUUUUCAUAAAUGUUUCAUGGACAUUUUAACAUAUGGUUGAGGAAAAAUUAGGUUGCCUUGUUAAAUGCUUUUUUUUUAUUAUUAUGUUCACAUGUCUCAUAGCAAAAUAUAACUUCUGAAUAUAAAUAUUAUGUACAUUUAAUUUAAAAAGCCUUUGUGUUUGAUCAAGACACUUCCUUUUGUUUCUGUAAAAGAAAUUAUUUACUUAUGCCAAAAACAAACUAUGUUUUAUAAUAGCAAAGAAAAAAAGGUUUUCUAGCUGACAAACAUGUUAGGGAACCUUAUACUCUCUAGCUAGUGUUACACAUUUUACUUGAAAUAACUUCAGUUAGAAACUUCCCUGAACAGUCUAGCAGUCUAAAAGAAAGUUUGCCCCAAUCCUCAUUUACAGCUUUGAUGUUUGAAAAGCUCCUUGCAUCUACAACCAUGUGAGGUUUCAGUUCAGAUCAAAAUCACAAGCUCAACUCAUGCCAGGACGUUUCAUAUUCCGAGUCUUAGAUGAUUUUACUCAUAUUUUGUGGGUAUUUGUAAUGUCAAAAGGUUUUGUUCCAUUUCAGCUUUUUAAAACAUUUUCUUCAAACCACAUAAAAUUCAUAAUUAAUUAAAGCAUUCCCAAAAUCA